AUGGAAAAAGAUCGGAGAUUCCUGAAGAUACCAAUUAUUCAUUACAAACCACGUAAUGAUUUAAGAGAUUCAAUUUACAGUAGCACUAGCAUAGGGCAACAAAUUGAAGGAAGGAAGAUUUAUGAACCUGGAUCGUUCAUUGAUUGGAGGUAUGAAUAUAACAGAAUAUUCAAAUUGAGAAAAAGCUAUUUCAGAAGUUCAUAUCGUCGGAAACGUGUUCAGGAGACGUUCUUGCGGUGGAGUGUACUAAUAAUAUGUAGCAUCACUACUGCAUUAAUUACAUUAUUCAUUGAUUAUUUUGGCUCCUUCGUACAUGAUAUUAGGUUGGGAAUUUGCAGAAAUGCAUUCAUAAGGUUAAAAAUUACAUGCUCAAAGGAAUGGUCCGAUUGGGGUUCGAUGUUAAGUAGUAGCAUUAUUUUACGCCAUCUUUUGAAUUGUGCUGUGGCAAUCACUGGCUCUCUAAUUUUGAUUUUUAUUGCGUACAUUCUAUCAUCAAAAUACGUUAAUAUUGCCAGAAGCGGGAUUUCAGAGAUGAAAAUGGUCAUUUCAGGAUUGGUCAUUAAGGGAGUUAUUGGCUUUAGGAUGCUUUGUUCCAAGAUAGUUGGAAUUUUCUGUGUUAUUGCUAGUGGACUCUGGCUUGGAUAUGAGGGUCCAUUGGUUCACAUAGCAUGCGCUUUAAUAGGACUUACAAUAAAAGCAUUUUGUCGCCUUAGUCUUGAAUUUAACAAUGAAGCGAUACGAAGAGAGCUUGUUUCAACUGGAUUUGCUAUCGGUAUUGCAUCGGCAUUUAAUGCUCCAAUUGGGGGCGUUUUAUUGGGAAUUGAACAAAUUCAAACGUAUUUUCCAGUUGAUAAACUUAUGUGGAAAUCAUUUAUUUGCACAAUGAUUGACGUUACAAUAUUGCAGAAACUCCGGUCUUUUAGGGACCUUAGUGUUCCUGAUUCAUUUAAAGUUGACUUAAAAAACAACUGGCUUUAUUUUGAGGCGUUUUUAUACAUGCUUUUAGGUGUUGUAUGUGGUGCUUUAGGCGUUUUAUUCAACAAGAUCAAUAUUAAAAUUUCACUGACAAGAAACCGUUUAUCAAAAAGCAAUGGAAAGUAUAAAGUUCUGGAGAUCUGUAUAGUUACAAUGCUUACAGUGAUUUUAGGAUACAUGUUAGCAGCAUCUCGUUAUACCCUAAAUGAAAUGCUAAGGUUUUUAUACAAUGACUGUACAAACGAUGACGACAAUCCUUUGUGUACCGCAGACACUAAUUACAGUCCAUGGAAGACACUUGGAACAUUGCUUUUCUUAAGUGUGGAGGGUUUCCUCCUAACAGCAGUUACAUAUGGUAUGUCUAUUCCUGGAGGUGUUCUUCUUCCUUCUCUUGUUAUAGGUGCUACUAUUGGACGUCUUUUGGGUGUUUUUAUGGAAUUUAUCCAAUACAAGCUGUCCGGUACAGCACCAUUUUUACAUUGUUAUAACGAGAAAUCAUAUUGCAUAUCCGCUGCUUCAUACGCGGUUGUCGGUUCUGCCUCCUUCUUUGCGGCCGUGACCAACAUGAGUGUUGCUUCAGUAGUUAUCGUUUCAGAAAUGACUGGUGCGUUGAAUUACAUCAUACCAAUUAUGAUUGGUGUAUUUUGUGCCAGGAUACUUAAUAACGUUACUUUAGGAAAAUCUAUUUAUGAACUUUCUCUCAUGGCGAGAAAUGAAGUUUACUUGCCGUCUGCAUUGGAAGAUGACAUGUCGAUAUCAAGCUUUUCUAUGAUGACGGUAGCUCAAUUAAUGAUUUUAAUGGAUGAGACAGCUGUUAUAUAUGACGAUAGAUCUUUAAAGAUAGAAGACCUUUUACAAAUCCCAUCCAGUAAAAGUGGACAUCCAGUGUUAAACUCCAGAGGCGGAGAAAAAUUAAUUGGCUUUAUAUCCUCUGCACAAUUACAGCAUGAACUUUUAAAAUGGAAAGAUUAUCCUACGAAUACUGUUAAAUUCACAGACCCUUUUGGUGCAGAAGAAGAUUCCAUGAUUGCAAACCUAUCUUCAUAUGUAACAGCAAUUGAAGACCUUUUUGUGGUUAACGCAAAUUUUAAUCUAUUGACCACUUAUGAAGCGAUGGACAAAUUAAAACUUGAAGAAAUAUUCAUUUGCGAAACAGGUACAAACAAAUUUCAAGGUAUAAUAAUGAAAAACGAUUUAAUCAAACUUGUUCAAUCUGGAGACAAGAAGUUAAGAAGAGGCUUCGGGAUAUAA